AUGCCUGGCCGAACGCUCCCUACGAUCACCCGCGCAGAGGUGGAGGCGCACAACACCAAGAAGUCCUGCUACGUGACGAUCGGAGAACGCGUGUUCGACGUGACGGACUUUGUCGACGAUCACCCGGGCGGCGGUGAUCUGAUCCUUCAAUAUGCAGGCAAGGACGUCAAACAAAUCAUGGAGGAUGAGGUUUCACACUUCCACUCGGAUGCAGCAUACGAGAUCCUGGAGGAAAGCCUGGUGGGAUUCGUGCCGACCGACGCGGUGCUAAAAGCGGCCGUCAAGUCCUCGCAUCCUGAUCAAGUUGUGCCGCUUCCGGCCACGAAGGAGGGCAACGAACAACUUGAAGCGGCGGGUGUCGAGACAGCCGAGUUACCCACACGACCAGUGUUCCAAUCGACGGGAAUGUCGUCGGAGGAGGAUCUUUCAAAAGACACGGACCCCGAUGCGGAUUGGAAAACGCACAAGUUUUUGGAUCUGAACAGGCCGCUGUUCCCGCAGAUGCUGUUUGGCAAAUUCUCAAAGGAGUUCUAUCUGGAACAGGUGCAUCGACCAAGACACUACCGGGGCGGUGAUUCGGCUCCUCUGUUUGGCAACUUCAUGGAGCCUCUGAGCAAGACGGCAUGGUACGUCGUGCCGGCUCUGUGGCUCCCGCCCGUCAUCUACGGAUCGUACCUUGGAAUCAGCCAUUUGCCCGGCUUGCAAGGCCCUGCGUACUGGUGUUUGGGUCUCUUUCUGUGGACGCUCGUCGAGUAUCUAUUGCACCGAUUCCUCUUCCACGUCGACUACUAUCUGCCCGACCACUCGGUCUUUUUGACCCUGCACUUCCUGUUGCACGGUAUUCAUCACUAUCUCCCCAUGGACAAGUACCGGCUCGUCAUGCCGCCUGCCCUGUUUCUGAUCCUGGCCACGCCCUUCUACCAUCUUGCACAUUUCGUCUUCAGCUACAACUGGUACGCCGCCAUCACCGUCUUUUCUGGUGGCAUCUUCGGCUACAUCUGUUACGAUUGCACUCACUACUGGCUGCAUCACCAUCAACUGCCCAGCUACAUCCGCGAUCUGAAGAAGUACCACCUGGCCCACCACUAUCAGAACUUCGAACUCGGGUUUGGUGUCACCUCCAAGUUCUGGGACCUCAUCUGGGGAACCGAGUUGAAGUAUGUGAAGCCCGUCAAGACAUCGUGA